GUACUCAAAGUGUCUUUGCUAAUAACAUUAUUCGUUAAAAUUCAAAACUAUAAAUUUUUUCUGAAAAUCAAAAAUAAAAGCUUUAGUUUUAUUUAUUAUUUGUGUUACAUCAUUUGUUUCUGUAUCAUUGUAAUCAUUGUUUGAAAGUGAAGUUUAUUUAUUUCAUUGAAAAGAUCGAAAGAAAUUAAGAUAAAAAAGAGAGAAUGUCGGCUCCUGCAUUAGUAACUCAUUUGAAAGGAAAUAAGCAAGCCGUAACAUCAUUUGCUUUUAAUCCAGAAGGCGAUAAAUUUGUAGCAUCGUCAUUGGACAAAACUCUUGUGAUUUAUGCAUUGAAGCAGGAAAAUACGCGAUGUUUGAAGUUUGAACAAAGUUCCGAAGUUCUUGAUUGUGAUUGGAGUGUAAAGAAUCUUCUGGCAUCAGUUGGAAAGAAUAAAAUUGUCAAUGUUUUUGAACCGAAGAUUCACAAAGGAUACACAGAGACGAUCGUUGCUCAUCAAAGCAACAUUCGAUCCGUUCACUUCUCCAAUUCUGGAAAUCGUUUCAUCACUGCAAGCGAAGAUAAAUCUAUCAAAAUGUUUCGUUUGUCGCAUCGUUAUUUCAUGUCUUCUUUCACUGGACAUACAAAUUGGGUAAGAUGCGCAAGAUUCUCACCUGACAACAAGAUGAUAGCAUCUUGUGCAGAAGACAAAACUGUUAAAAUCUUUGAUGCUGACGCUGGAAACUUAAUUCAUACUUUUAAAGACGAGAAAGGAUUCGGUAAUCAAUUGCGUUGGCAUCCCGACAACAACAUCAUUGCCAUUGCACAAGAAAACGCACGAGUUAAAAUAUACGAUCUGAGAAUGCGUAAACUCAUUCAAUAUUAUCGAAUCUUCAACAAAGGAGUUAAUAGCUUGGAUUUCCAUCCAUCUGGACAUUUCAUGAUAACAGGAUCUGAUGAUGGGCUUACUAAAGUGCUUGAUCUACUUGAAGGACGAGACAUUUACACACUUAAAGGUCAUCAAGAUGCAGUAACUGCUGUGAAGUUCAGCAAAGAUGGUGAAUAUUUCAUCACUGGAAGUAAAGAUCGUCACAUUAUGAUAUGGAAAUCAAAUAUUGUGGCAUCUUCUGUUGACAAUGACUCAUCCAUUGAGGAAGUAACAUCACCUCGCGUAAUGGAGAAUAAAGAAAAUCGUCCUGAAGAUUGCAGAAAUUCAAGCAUUAUCGACGCAAGAUCAUCUGAAAACUAUCUUCCCAACGACGACGUCGUUGAAUUGUAGUUGGUCACAUCUAACAAAGAAUUUUUAUUAUUCAUUCAGGAAGGAAGAUGAAAGAAUUAAAAUGCAUUUUAAUUGUAUUUAUAAUACUGAAGUUGAACAGCAAAUCAACAUUUAUUUCACAAACAGUUCUGUGCUGAAAGAAUAAAAAAAACUUUUUUUGUUUAUUU